AUGGCCGUUCGUCAGCUUGGACUUCUGAAGACAACCAAGGAAUCUUGUUCUUUUCCGCUCAGUAAACUGUUUCAAUCGCGGGUGAUGGAUUCAAGCCGUCAAACUUCCCGAGCCCACCAACGAAACCAGGAACAUCCUCAGCAGAGCUCAUACCACCCAAACGUCCAUCAAAAUGCAUCUCCUGAUCCAGAUGCCCACCCCGAUUUCGAACCGGAUCAAUCUGACGAAGAAGAAGACUCGUUUGAUGUGACUUCAUUGGUUCCCAGCACUUCCAAUUCGAUCAUUCAGUCAGGUUCGGUUGAAGGCCACACGUUGGAACGAACUGGGGCCUAUGAUACUUUUCUACACACCAAUCAAGAUCAUACCGGUCAUCUCCGUCAACUCAACGAUUUAAUCCCAUCUCCUGCCGCAGUGAAAGCUCAUGUAGAACGCGUCUCUCACAGUACAAUCAACUCAUCGACCUUUGAAAGUCACACUGCAAUGUCCUCUAUGAGGAUGCAUAUCCCCAGAGAAGGUGUUCCAAUCACAUUACACGAGGAGACAAGUGAAGAACUCCGCAGGUCUGAACUCAGCAACAAUCUAUAUCCUACCGCUCUCGAUUUUCAAGGCUCUUCCGAUGAAGAUGACUGUAGUACUGUGCAUGCUCCUCAAGAACAAGCUGAGAAAAUUGGCACCGAUGAAAAAGAAAUCGCCAUGCUUCGCCAACAGGUCCAGCAACUCCAAAGACAGGUGACUAGCAGCCCGCAACUGGCCGUCACAGAACGAAGUACAACUGGUCGAUUAUCGCCGACGUCUAAAGAUAGCCGGGCUAACGAUAGAGAAUCUAAGGUCGUACAUGAGCGCGAGGUUAGUCGAAUGAAGAUCGAGAUCGAGAGUCUUUCUAAACAGCUUGCUAUGGUAUCAGUCAAAGAUCAAGACUUGAAGCACGUCAAAAAGAACGUACGGACGUUAGAAGAAGAUGCCAAAACUAGAAUGGAAGUUAUGGCCAAGUUGCGCGCUGAGUCUCAUAGCUUACAACACGAAUUGAAAUUGACCAAGAAAGCACUCAAAUCCGCCGAAGAUGGCCAAGCUGAUGCACUAGAGCAAAUCAAUCGACUGCAGCAGAGGCUGGAUUCAAUCAGCCAAGAACGUCUGUCCGAAUCUCAGGCAAAUCUGGUCAAGCUAACCGAGAGCCGAAAUGGAUUCAAUGCAGACCUGUCGGAGCUAAUGUCGAAACUCAAAGCCAGCUUCCAGGAAGCCGAGCAAUUACGAGUCGAGCUUGAGAGAUCAAAAUCUGAAACUUGCAAGGCCUGUGAGGCUAAAGAGAUCCGGACAACAGUAUUGCAAGAAGAGCGAAACAGUUUGCAGACACAGUUGGAUGAUUGCAGAGCUCAAGCAGCUGAUAAAGAAGUGCAAAUUGACCGAUUACGAAAGAUUCGCAAAGAGCUGAAGAGCGAUAUUGAGGGCUUGAACAUUGCACUGGAAGCCAAACAACAUGAAAACUCUUAUCUAAAACGUGACCGGCACGUGCGCGAAGCGGGCCUCACUUCAUCAAGUCUUGCAACGAGUACCAGAACAAGAAGCAAUCGAACAAGCAUUCAUCUGGGGUCGCGCACUGUCACAGAGGGAACAAUCAAUUUAGAGAAAUCUGGACACCCAAUUCUAAAGCCAGAGCAUCAUAAUCCCAGGAAGUCGAUCUUAGAAAACCGCACAAUGUUAUCCUCAAUCACGAACACUUCCAAAAGAGCCGUUCGGCCCAGCUCUUCGGAAUCAGUAUCGGCCGUUCCAUCCAUCCCGACCCUCGCCAGAAAAUCCUUGGAUCGAAAGUCGUCGUCUAUAGCACUAAGUCGCAGAGGCAAAUAUUCGCAACAAAAGGAGGAAGAAUGUCUUCCAGUGAAUGCUCAACAACCACUACAUGCUGAAGAGAAGAAAUCCGAAAAUCCUAAAAACACCUUCCGUGUUUGCCAAACAUAA